CCCCAAGAUACCCAACCAACUCGCCCAAUAUGCCUCAAGCUCAGCCUGAAUUGAAGAAGUACAUGGAGAAGCGGGUCUUCUGCCAACUGAACGGCAACCGCAAAGUCAUUGGUAUCCUCCGAGGCUACGAUGUCUUCAUGAACAUUGUUCUGGAUGAGGCAUUCGAGGAGAAGGAGGGUGGAGAGAAGGUUUCCAUUGGCAUGAUCGUCAUCCGCGGAAACUCCGUCGUGAUGCUCGAGGCCCUCGAGCGCAUAACCGAUAAAUAA